UUCUUGUGUCUUUGACCAAGUUUGACAGUUGACAAGGAGAGGAGAGUGAAUUGAUUUUUCGAAAAUGUCGCUAACAGACAAGAUAACGAUGCUAAUGGCGCGGCCAGGGGGCGAAAAUGCCCAAAAAGACGACAUCCCCUGGUGGAUGCGCUACGCUGGUCGAGGGCUGGGGACAGUUGGCAGUUUCAUUGCCAUCAUCCUCGGCCUCCUCAACUGCACGGGCAUUAUCUUCCUGAAUGUCAGCUGCUUAAUAGCUGGCAUCUGGCAAAUGCUGGCCGGCUUCCUGGUCAUAGUCUGCGAAGCACCGUGUUGCUGCUUCUUCAUAGACUAUGUGCAAGUACUCUCUGAUAAGGUGGAGUCCCGCCCUUAUUGGAACAAGGCUGCGCUUUAUAUGGGCUUGGCGCUGCCUCCGUUCUUCCUGUGCUUCUUCGCGCUGAGCACGUGGUUCGGCAGCGGCCUCAUCUUCGCCACCGGCAUCGUCUACGGCAUGAUGGCGCUAGGCAAGAAAGCGUCGAUAGAUGACAUGAGGACGUCGGCGGCCAACCUCGAGGCGGGACAAGGACAGCCCACCACCGCGCCGCGCGCCAACCUCGUCACCAACGAACAGCCUUUCAGCUUCACCGGACCUCCCACCACCAAGUGAUAGUGACCUCCAUUACGCUCUGCGGUUAGUCUGCUUGGAGACCUACUUAUAUUGGUUCAUCUUUGUAUAUAAGUUUUUUUUGGAGACACAUAUUGGUUAAUUUCACCAACCAUUUAGCAGCCUUUCAGGUUCCCAGUGAUGAUGACCUCCAUUUCAUUCUGGGGUUAGUCUACUUGGAGACCUAUUUAAUAUAUUGGUUCAUUUUUGAAAGUGACAAACUUAUUUUAGCGUUUCAACUAUCGUGAGUAUUUAUAAAUAUAUGUAUAAGCUGGUUGAAACUCACUUUUUUCUACAUAGAAAAACUACAGUCAGCAAUCAUAGAUCUUUGUUAAAAAGUCUAGCCAAUCAACACUUAGCGUUUGAACUAUCAUGGAAAAAAUAUGUUGCAUGGAUAUUGAAAAA